AUGGAAUUGACAUCAUUUCCAUGGAUUAAUUUCCGUCGGAUAUCAUCUCCUCUUGCUAAUUCCACGUUAUAUGCGGCUAUUUGGUUACAGCUAAUUUUGGCAAUUAAUCGCUUUUGCGCAAUUUCAUAUCCAAUAAUAUAUCCUCGUAUAUUUAAUCGAAGAAAUGCAUGGAUGACAGUCAUAUCAUUGUGGUCAUGCAGUACAUUAAUUGCUGCGCUUUAUUAUAACAUUGAAUGCGCGAAUUACUUCGAAACACGUAUUCAUUCAUGGUCCACUCUGUAUGGACCGUGUAAUCACGCUUUCUACGCUUACAUUGCUACUUUCCUCUCCGAUGUUAUCAUCUUUAUUAGUGCUGUCAUUGAUGCUAUUGCUUUUUAUCGUAUUAUUACUUACUUAAAAGCAAAAGAAUGUCGUGGAAAUAAUGCAGCACAGCAAAGAUGUAAACAUGAAAUCGUAUUUUUCAAAGAGACGUGCGUCAGUACUGCAAUACAUGCAAUUUUUGCUGCUAUAUUUCGUAUUGAUAUACCUGUAUCUCGUUUGACUAAAAUUACCUAUGUCUGGCUUUCAAUACUCACAUUAGAUGGUUUGGCAUUCGUAUACUUCAAUCAUCGUGUUUUGACUAAACAAAAUGCAGUUGGCUUUCAUAUAAGUACAAUGGGCUUACAAACAAAAACAGUGAGAAAUGACGUGAAUGCAGCAACUUAA